AUGUCUACAUGAGCUAACUUAGGUUUACAAGAUAGAGCUUCUCCUCUAAUAGAACAAUUAAUUUUUUUCCACGAUCACGCAUUAUUAAUUUUAGUAAUAAUUACCGUUUUAGUAGGAUAUUUAAUAGUUAUAUUAUUUUUUAAUAGAUACGUAAAUCGAUUUCUAUUGCACGGUCAAUUAAUUGAAAUAAUUUGAACAAUUUUACCAGCUAUUAUUCUUUUAUUUAUUGCUAUACCUUCUUUACGACUUUUAUAUUUAUUAGAUGAAAUUAAUGAACCAUCAAUUACACUAAAAAGAAUUGGUCAUCAAUGAUACUGAAGUUAUGAAUAUUCAGAUUUUAAUGAUAUUGAAUUUGAUUCAUAUAUAAUUCCAACAAAUGAAUUAUCAAAUGAUGGAUUCCGUUUACUAGACGUUGAUAACCGUAUUGUUUUACCAAUAAAUUCUCAAAUUCGAAUUUUAGUAACAGCAGCAGAUGUUAUUCAUUCAUGAACAAUUCCUGCUUUAGGUGUAAAAGUCGAUGGUACUCCUGGUCGAUUAAAUCAAACUAAUUUUUUUAUUAACCGACCUGGUUUAUUUUAUGGACAAUGUUCAGAAAUUUGUGGGGCAAAUCAUAGUUUUAUACCUAUUGUAAUUGAAAGUGUUCCGGUAAAUUAUUUUAUUAAAUGAAUUUCUGAUAAAGUAAAUUCUU